AUGGCGGGCCUUUUCCGCCUGCUCAAGAUGCAGUACACCCCUCCAACAGAUCCACGAGGGAUCUCAUUUGCCGGCAAGACUGUCAUAUUAACAGGAGCCACCUCUGGCCUGGGCUACGAAGCCGCCAUCAAGUUUCUGAACCAAGGUGUGGAAUCAUUGAUCAUCGGCAGCCGCAGUCUCGAGCGAGGGCACUGCGCCAAACAAGCUCUUGAGAAAUACACCAACCGGCCCGGUGUGAUCCAAGUCUGGGAGCUCGAAAUGAACAGCUUCCAAAGCGUCCAGAAUUUUGCCAGGCGCGUCAACGAUGAGCUUAACCGGGUUGACAUUGCACUCCUCAAUGCCGGUCUCUGGAACCGCGAAUACACAAAGUCACCCGAAGGCUGGGAAGAGAUUCUGCAAGUCAAUACUUUGUCCACGUCAUUAUUGGCAUUACUGCUUCUACCCAGGUUGAGGGAGUCAUCUUCGGACACUGAACCCGCGCAUCUGAGCGUAGUCUCUAGUCAACAAUUUGUGCGCGUCAAAGCAGAAAGUCUUCGAACGGAUGGCCCCUUGCUCGAGCAUGUGAACGAUGAUCAGCAUUUCAAGGGCCCAAAACAGUACGGCAUUUCGAAAUUGCUGCUGGAAUAUAUGAUGAAGAACCUUGCCGACCUGGUUCGAAAUGAAGAUGGUACAUUGCAAGUUGUCGUCAAUACCGUCAGCCCUGGGCUGUGCCAGUCAUCCCUCGGACGGCAAUACAACAGAUUUUACGAGCGAUGGCUUGUGUGGGUGAUGUAUAAGCUGUUUGCGCGCACGACUGAACAGGGGUGUCGAUCUUUGGUCAGCGCGACGGUGCAAGGCCCCGAGUCCCAGGGAAAAUGUUGGAGAAGUGAUGGGUACCUCGACGAAUCCAUUGCUCUCACGACUGGAGCAGAAGGCAAACAAUUCCAGGCCAAGGCGUGGGAGGAGAUAUUGCAAGUGCUAGAGGAGCAGGCACUGGACGUAAGAGAUAUCGUCCCGAGGUCUUAA